UCAGCAGAAAAAUUUGAAUACAGUCCAGAAUGCGAAAGUGUCAUUAUCGAUACAGGAAAUGAAACAAGGAAACCCCAGAUUCAAAUUGUCAUUACUGGUACUAAUAAUUUGAUUAAGACGUAUCAAGGAUGCUCAACGAAACAUCAAUACACUGAUGACAUGGGAUUGCAAUGGACCUACCAAGUGGCUCGUUUUAGGUUUGUUAACACCGUCAAAAUUGGAAAUCCAGUUUACAUCGGAGGAGCUAAAGCGUUGUCAUUAGAGGGAGAAAACAUUGUGGUAGAUGAAAAAGGAUCAUUUGAGGUUGACAUAAACUCAUCAACAAGUUUCCAAUCAGCCAGUUUUGUUGGAGGGUUUGUUCCAAAAAUUGGCUAUAGUGGUAUGUGCAAUAUUCCAGUUUUAAAUGCCAGGUUUUGGUCUCAUUGUAAACGUGAAUUUCCUAGCAAAAAACUGUUUUCUACUUAACCCCCGUCAUUUUCGCUAAUCCGAUUGACCAUGUUUUCUUGCUCUCUAACUAUCGCAUAGCACCGCCUUAUAAUGGUCCUGGUCGAGGUAACUACAGUAACCUAGUAGCUGGAGGUGCUGGACAUGGGGGACAGGGAGGAGGAGGAGACAACGUCCUCGCUAGCUCGUAUGGUGCUGUCGACAUUAAUCAGUAUCUGGGAGGAAGCACAGGUAUAGUACAGUAACUUUCCUUUCAAUUAUUCACUUUAUUUGCGGUAAAACAUCUAACGUCGUCUUACUUCUAAAGAACACCCAAAACUUCAUGGGGCGCCAUUUUUUUCCACACUCAUGCUUCAAUUAUUAUUCAUAGGCGCAGCUCCCAAAAUACUGUGAAAAAAGGGCACUUCAAGGCGUAGCCAGGACCUAAGAAGUGACCCAGUAUCGUGUCCCUUGGCGAGGGCGCUAUUUUGAAAAGUUUGGUGACUUCAUCAUAUAUCCAGUUCUGGUUGCUUACCAGUGUCUAAGAGGCGAACAAACACAGGAUGUCUGCUUUGACUUGUUGAUUGUUUGAUUAACUAACUAAUCUAUGGAUCAAACAAUCGAUUGAUAUUGAUUGAUUGAAUGAUUGUUUGAUUGUUUGAUUGAUCCUGGUGGAUUGCGGUUAAAUCAGGAGGACUGAAAAUGAAUAUCUCGUUCUACUCAUUUAUCUCCUCAGGGGGUUUCACGGGACCAAAUCUUCCUGGUAUUGGCGGACCAGCAAUGGAACUCAAGGCCGUUGGCGCUUUAAAGAUCGGUGAGUCUAUCAGCAGCAAUUAUUUUUACCCAUUAAUUUACACGUAACAUACUGUUACCAAAUGAAACUGACCUUUUUGUUCUCAGAGCUGGACCUGAACUUGGGGCCUCCGGAUUGUAAGUCCAACAGUGGUAACCUUUUUUUAUCUGAUCGAUCACAUCGGAAUGUUUCUGCAGUUGGGUUUUCCAGAGUAAACGGCCAUUUACUUUGUUCAGAAAACCGAAAUCACACGAAAAUUGCACUCACACGAAACCUGACCUCCUGUCAGUGGAUCGUUAAGAUCCAUUAAGAUUGUAAAACACGACAUUUUCCUUAUUUUUUUAAAGGUGGAAGAAUUAUAGCAGAUGCACACAGUCUGACAGAUCAGCUAAAUAAACAUGACCUUAUAGCAGGGAGUUCAGGGGGCCUUGUAAGGCUGCUAGCACAAAAAGUAAGAAUUUCUAAGCCAGUUUCUUAUUUAUUUGCAAGUUAGAUAAGUGUUUUUGCUAAUUACCCAAUACCGCACGGGAUUGUGUGAAACGCCAGACCAUUAUGGCUCUUGAAAGACUACUCAAGCUUUGUUUGAAGUUUUUUGAUCUUCAUAGAAGUUACAAAUUGAAUUAAAUUAAACCAAAACAUACAUGUACACGCAGACAUUCUCUGCUCACAAAUAGCUUGGCUAGUCGAGGAGGUUAGAGAAAAACAUAAACUACUUUAUAACUAGGAAGGAGAGGAAUUAAGAUAGGUCUAUAUAAAUGACACAAGAAGAUGGGCUGAAGUUAAUACAAUACAACGGUACAAAAUAUACCAACUUAUUUUACAAGGCCUUCAAAAACGAUUGAAUCUCCAGUUUCGAAACAAAUGUUAAACUCAUUAAAGCCAAGAUAACCUUAAUUGGCUUUUAAAUGCUUAAAAAGCUUUCUUGAGCUCCUGAGCUAUGCAGGCUGUUUCUGAAGGCAGGCCCUAUUCACAUGUGGGAUCAUUGGGUUUCCGCCUGGUGUGACGCAUAACUCUGAAUACUUAUAGAUGUACUGAUUGUGUUGUAUUUGUCAAAAUUUAAAUUUUGACAAAUCAUUGGUUCAUUUCGUCACGUUUAUCGAAGCUUCCGAUGACUGCGAGUUAUACCUUAAAAUCAGAAAUUUAAAAGAUUACUCCUAUGUAAAAGGGAAAAAAGAAAGUUGGGCUAUGUGAAUAAAUUCAGGCACAUUUAAUGUGCUCGACACUCAAAAAAGAUUUUUUUACUUGCAGGUUAAUAUUUCCCAAAGCGCUUCAAUUUCCCUUAAGGGACGUAAUGGACUUUGUGGAAGAAGUCCCUGCCAAGCCUGUGGUGGAAGUGGAGGGAUCUUUCAAGUUAUUUCUCACUCUGGAUACAUCGCCCCUAACACUGUUUCACUAAAUGCUGGAAACAAAAGUAACAGGUGCAAGACCCAGGCAGAGAAUGGUUUUCUGUACAUAAGUGGUGAGCCUGUUUUCAGAAAAUGAUUUCAUAUGACAAACCUUUCAUAGUUCCCUAGUGGUUUCUCUUAUUCUUGCAUGAAUUACAGUCUAUCUAUCUUUUAACGAAAGGCUGCUGGAUAAGAAUCAAGAGAAGUGGUUUACGAUUUGAAGGUUUAUUUGAAAUUUCCCGCAUCAACAAUUCUACUGGUUCUUUGGCAUAAUUUUUCAGAUUGGUUCAAUUUCUUUUAUGCAGGAAUAAAACAGGGAAACGUUCCUUCUUUUCCCUUAAGUGAGUUCUACUGGGAACAAAGCUCUUCUUCAAUAAAAGUCACACCGUCGUCUUCAGGAAUCAUCGCGAAAAAAAGUACGAGUAAAGAUUCCUUUCUUGAUUCAGACGAAGCAAUGUCGACUUACUCAACCGUGCCAAUACUAUAUAGCCCGUCAACACACUAUCCUUGUGUUACAAUGUCUUCCGGAAAUCCAUCGGUUACUUCAACGCUGAUCUGUGAAGGUGAGACAACGUUAGUGUUCUAAUAGUAGUAUAGGAUUUCACGAAAAAUAUCGGUUUUCUUUGCCAGGAAUAGCCAUAGCCUUUUGUCUUUAUCUCGAUCUUAUGAAUAAAAUGCGGGGAGGGGAGGGGGGGGGGGGGGGUUUAAGGGAAAAUUCGGGGGCUUUUUUUGGGUGUUGAGGGGGGUUGGCAAUUUUUUCGGUUUUUUUUGGGUAAGAAAUUUCCUGUUUUUUGGGUGUCGACCCGAACCUUUAAAAACCGGUUAAUCCCCCAAAAACUACCAAGGGCCCUUUGUUUAUGGGAUUUAACCAGCAUUUCUUCAUACAGAAAAAAAUGGGGGGGGGGGGGGGGGGGGGGGGGGGGGUAUUAAGGUAAGAUCAUGUGCUAUUUUUAGGUAGUUCAGCUGGAUUGACAGUUUUCUAGUUAUUUUUAGGUAGAGAAUGUCCUGGUUUUUGAGUGACUGACCAGAACCUGUAAAACCGGUUGAAUCACCCAAAACUAGCACAGGACCUUAUGUUUAUGAGAUUCAACCGCAUUUUCUUCAUGAGAAAAAGACAAAAGGCUAUGACGGCAUCGGCGUUGUUGUAUUCCUACGCGAGUUAAUAGGAUUCCUGCACAAAAAACGUAUUUUCCGGUACACCCUAUACUACUUUUAAAGAAGCCCUUUCACAAGCUGACAAUAAUCAGGUUCACUUCACAUCUGUCAUUUAAAUACGAUAGUUUGCUUAAGCGACGUUUUUAGGGAACGAAGACCUUAUUCAUUUUGUGUGAAAACAUUUUCAGUUCCUCAUCCUGAAAAAGGGAAAGACAGAAUCCAAGAUUUACUUCGCCUUCAUGAUGAAAUAAAGACAUACAAGGUAAACACUUGUUUCUGCUCUUAUCUUUUGAUUUCCACAAUUAAUAUUGACCUAAUUUAGGGCCAAAUCGAUGGAUAGCUAUUUUUGCGUGGUUUGAUUUGUCCCCGUAACUCGAAACCUUUGGCUAAUAUAUUCGCGUCUCGAGUUCAUAUCCAUCAUUAUUCACCUUAACCUGUUUGUUUGUUAUGUGCUGGAAUGGUAAUGAGUAAGCUGACUCAUUUGCCCUCUUAAAGAUUGUUGCUUAGCUUUGGCAUUUUAAUUCUGUUCAUGUAGAAAAUAGCUUAAUUCUUUACAAUUUUUGUCCUUUUCAUCAUUCUUGAAGGAUACCAUGGAAGACAUCUCCAAUCACGUUAUGAUUUCAAAGUAUAUCAGAUCGUUUAAUGAGUUGAUAGAAGCUGGAAAUCUCACCGCCGAUGCCAUUAAUAUUAGCAUUUCAUUGGUAGAAGAGCUCACUGACCUUAUAAUGCUAGAAAUGGAAGUUUCAGUGAACCAGUCCGAAAUAAAGGUAAAGUCGAACUUUGCUUAUAGAUGACAUACAUGCUGUAGCUAUUAGUAGACAAGGACUAUGAUGACCUCCUAUGCUACAAGGGAUAUACGUACAGUAUGUAUCAUCUCCAUAAAUAAUAAUAUUCCAUUUUUUUCUAGCUAAGGUUUUUGCUUGACUGUUAAUCUUGUAGAAUCAGCUGUCCACUUUGGUGAGUACUGUUGAUGAAAUUCUAAACGAGAAUGAUGCUGCAGCUUGGCGCACAAGUGGAAUGGUGAGAAUUAAGAUUUUUUUUGUAAUAGCCCACGUUCGAUAGUAUAUGAAAGUUCUAACAUGACCAAAAGCCUUCUGGUCAUAUUUCUAUUAAUUAUGGUUUGGUUUUAUUCGUGCUCAAGUUACUUCUGCGAAUUACGAGACAACAGACUCGUAAAAAAUUGAAAUGUUGUCCGCAAACCCUCGGAGUCAUGUUAGAAUUCUUAUGUAUCGAAUCUGGGCUAUUUAAGCUAAAUUUCUGACAAAGAAAGUUUUCCUUUGCCAGCCACCUUGUAGAAACCAUGUCACGUCUGUUCUGGCCGAAAUAAAAAAAAAACUGUAACGUUUUCCAGUCAGAAACUAAUAUUACCCAAGAAAAAAAAAUAGAAUUCAGCUAAGGACUAAAUUGGCGAGCGCCAAAAGAGCGGAGCACAAGCUCGCUUGUUUUUUAUACUACUACAUAGGAAAUUUCUACAAUUUGAUUGGCUUAGAGCAGUGGUAUUUCAGCUUAAUUUGAAAUACCUUCAUGUGAAAAUUACAAACCUUUUGCGGGUAGUAGUAUAAACAAAUAACAGCAUGAUUUGUAUGUGAUAUUUGGGAUAAAUACCUCUCGUGAUAUGUCAAACUUGUCUUAAAUCUCACUUGCCCAACGGCUCGUGAAAUUACGUAUAGCAAGUUUGAAAUAUCACUCGAGGUAUUUAUGCCAAAUAUCACUACAAAUCAUACCAUUACCUCUACUAAUUAAUCAAUCAGAAUAUCGACAGAAUUGAUGGAAAAUUAUUAAGUUAACUUUUUUUUGUCUGUAGAUUAUGAACUUGGUGGAAGCUGUGGAAAAAACCUUGUCUUUAGCCUUAAACUUCUCAUAUUCAAUAAAUCAAAGCUUGUUGUGGGACAGAAGAAAUUUAGGUAAGAACAUUAAAGAACCGUACACUCAGAUAGUUUUGAGAAUAACCUACUAGCUAAUGAACCAGGAACUUAAAACAUGUUUAGCUUAGUCAUAAUCAUCUGACCAAAACUUUGUCAAGCUAAAGGCUCCUUUAUAUUCCGCCAGAAUAAAUUUGUCCGAAAAACAUAAUUUUACCUGUUAUUGUUUUCUUACUUUCUCUUUACAGAUAUUUUAACCAGUAUAGAAUACGUCCUUUUGGAUCAGCGUAACAUCACUAUUCCUAACUCUAAAGACCAAGACAUAUUUACCGGUUUUAUAACUUUUCAACCAAGCAACGGUGGUAUUGGGACACCUAAAACUAGCAAAGGUACUACAUCCAGUACGGAGAUUCAAAAUCGACAGCUCCACCAGAUUAUCUCAGUCUAGCAAAAUAUUUAUUUGAUAAAAUACUUUCCUAAUUAUUGGCGCCUUGACCAGCCUCGGUCAAUUAUUAGUUUCUUGAAGGGUACUGGGGGUGACGCAGGUGUAUUAAACCUUCAAAUGGUUCAUUCAUUCUUUCAGGUCUGCAGUUUCAUCUGUACCUGUCCGAUCUGAAGCAGUUAGAGCAGUGAAAAUCAGAUUUUUAAUUAAGGAUUCAAUGUCGUUUAUCGUUUUACCAGCAUUAGUAAUUUACAUAUAAUCGAUUCAAAAAUAACUCGUUGAUUUCUUAAAAAUAGAACUUUAUGUCUACGCAGGUCGCUUUAUUGUCGGCAUAGUCGUGUUUAAUAAUCUUACGUCUCACUUUACAAAGAAACAUCAACCGUCAAACAACAGGUACAGUAAGAGAAAAUUUCUAGGUUAUAAUAUACUAUUUUUACCAUAUUAUUUUUAUUAAUUGUUAACAUUUAGAUGGUUCUGUGAUGUAGGUCAGAACAGUUGGAAAAACAAAAGAUUGAUAUUUUCCAAUAAGUAGAUAAAUAAUAUCACCUCUUGGUCUAAAUAAAACAAAACUAACGUAUCAGAUCAUGAUCAAAUGAUGUGUUAAAUACGCUUGGCACUAUGGGGCAUAUAUAAUUUAAAACUUUGUGUCUACAUAUCCGCCUGCUCGUGAUACUCCACUAGUGAUUGGCUGAUCGAUUGAUUGAUUGAUCGAUCGAUCGAUUGAUCGAUUGAUUGAUUGAUCGAUUGAUUGAUUUAUUGAGCAAGCAAGCAAGUGAGUGUAGUUUAUUUAUCCGUACUAAAAUUUAGAUUCUACUUGCUCUGACACAGGAAAGAUGAUGGCCAAAUUUUUCUCAACUCGGAAAUUAUCUCAGUGAUUGCAUCUUACGACGGCAAACCAGUUCAAAGGCUCAAGAAAGAUGCAUUGUUAACGUUCGAGAAGAAGGUUUGUAGUUUUGUGAAGUAGAGGAGUAUCGAAGUUAAACAGUGUUGAUCAAAGAUGUCUUUUAGUUUGCAUCUAUACGUGUGUGGUAUUUCUGUAUGAGAGUAAAGGUCGUGGUGUAUGAUAACCGUGUCUAGUUCUUUGUUCCACUUCAUAGACAAGUGAUGGGAAAGAGCCUCUGUGUGUUUUCUGGAAACCAGUUCCAGGGUUAGUUCUAUUUCCUACUCACUCUUGACUAUUGAUCAGAGUUGUCAAUAUACAAAACUAACACGCGACAUUGUUACUCCGCAGUGAAAGGGAAUGGUCAUCGGAAGGUCUUUCCUUAAUUACAACCAACAAACAGCAAAUAAUUUGCUCCACCAAUCACUUAACAAGCUUUUCUGUAUUGAUGCGCUGGACCGAUGUAAAGGUACAUGUGGUACAUACAUAUAGUGUGUAAGCAAUAACUGUUAGCUAUAAGGAAGGUAGGGAUGGCACCUAUACGUUUAUUACUAUCCUUUGCUACUGAUGGAAAAGAACAUUAUAAAAUUUAAAAAAAAGACAUUAAAUAUAUCGGUUCACUUAACAGGUAUCCCCGGGCGAUAAGUAUGCGCUGGAUGUUAUCACCUACAUUGGCAGUGGAGUAUCACUUGUUGCUCUUGCCUGUGCGAUAAUUAUAUUUUUAUGUCUGGGCAGGUAAUUAUUAUUCGUCUUCUAAAAGUUACAGUCUUGCAUCCCGGCUUGCAUCCCGGCUGACAACUUCUUUUUUGUUACCUACGGCCUUAUGUAGGUGUACUUAUGUCUGUAAGAGCAGUUGGUUUUUUUACCACUGGUAUACAAUCAUAUCCAUACCUUUUACCUGGAGGUGAGGGACCCCAGGUAGGAGAGGUAACCCGCUUAGCUGGGGUAACCCGCCUUUCCAUAUAAUCUCUCAUUUUAACUUGAUCGCGUUUACAUGAUAGGUGGGGUGACCCGCCACAUGUUACCUCACUUAUCUGGAGUCCCCCACCUCUAUGUAAACAGGCCCUAAAUACUCGUUUAAAGUAUCCAUCCAUUUAAAAUUUUUCAUUAUGAAGUCAAUUAUACUGUUGGAUGCAUUUUCUUUGUUAAAAGAAUUCAUUGCCAGGGUAAAUUGGUGUACCGGCUGAUGUCAGUGCUGUUACAUACCAUUCAUGUAGUGAUUUUAUUUUCAAGUUAUUAAUGAGUUUAAAAAUCAGAAAGAAAGACUCAUGUAUAUUUUGUGCUAUCAGAUCGCUGUCAGCUAUCCGAUACCGCAUUCAUCUCAAUUUGUGCAUUGCCUUAGCUGUGGCUCAAGUUGUGUUUCUUUCGGGGAUUGAAGCUUCAAGUUCACCGGUAUAUUGAGCCUUUUAUAUGGAGUCAAGUAAACUAGUAUAUAAACUUUAUCACAGCUAACUGAUUAAAUCAAUAAAUCAAUAAAUCAAUAAAUCAAGUUGAUACACGAACAAUCAAUCCACAAGGGACAAAUAGUAUAAACCCUCGGUCAUACAAGCAAAUUUGUACCCCGGCGGCUGUGGUUAAUGUUGAGAGUUAGAUGGACUGAUCCACUUUGGAUUUUUUGCAAGAGAGAGUAAUGACACAGAGGACCUCUCUUGAUUUGGAAAGUUAAACAGCUUGCCUUUGACAAGCUGUACAAGAUAACGUCAAUACCAUGGGAGAUAGCAUUAAGGACCUGUAAUUGUUAAUGAAAAUGGCUGCCAUAUCUGCCGCCAUCUUGGAAUUUACUGAAAAUUCAGUUAAAUGCGAGAAGCUCACGUUUAGAACAUAAGGAUUUUUCGUGCUUCAAGACUGAUAAUUGAUGCCGAGUUCACAGUUUGCUGCAUUCAGUAGUGUUUUAUACGGGUUAGUAGGAAUCAAGAAAUAUUACCAUCCUUGACCACAUGACGCUUCAUGUCAAGGCUGAACAGGGUGACAUAGCAAUAUAUUUUAUUUUUUCCAGUGGAUAUGCACAACAGUGGCUGUUCUUCUUCACUACCUGUACACUGCAAGCUUUACUUGGAUGUGCGCAGAAGGGUUGCACCUUUAUUUUAAGAUCGUUACUGCGUUUAAUCUGCACAGAAUAAGAAUGAUCUACUAUGUGAUCUUAGGCUGGGGUAGGUAUUAUAAAACUCAAGACGUUUGUAUAGAACCUUCUAGUCUAUAAUGAGAUCAACAUAUGGUACUUUUAAAAAUAUCACGAGCUCAAAUAUAAGCCUGUAAACUUCAACUGAAGAGUAACAUUUGUCGAUAAAAAAGGGGGGAAAAGUUAGGUAAUCAGAAAACUUUGGUGCAUGAUCGCUUUUUCUUUUUAUUUCCAGGAUUUCCCGUCGUUGUUGUAGGAAUAUCUGCCACUACCAGGAUCAAAGGAUACGGUGCAACAGACUUGUAGGACUGUAUUUCUCUCCUUACAUCUUUUGUUCUACUUUGCAAAUAACUGUGUUAGGCUCAUUAUCUAACUAAGUAUGUUACCUGUGCACGCUGGUCUUCGAAUUGCCCCCACCUCCUUCUGGGUGAGGGGAACUGAUCAAAUUUCUAUGAGGGAAGACUCCGCCCAGAUGUCCAACCCCUUUUAUAAACCAUUUUUGAAAAAAAAGUUACCUACCCCUUUCGUAAUACUUUUUAUUGACAACUACCUACGAUGAGGGACGAAAGUGCUGACACACUUCCACAAAUGGCCCCUUUCUGCAUAGUGGAUAUACUUAUCCCCUUCCCCUGUCUACCCCAACCCCUUCCCCCCAAAAUCAAUGUUGAAUUUUGGACCCUCAUUUCUUUUUUUUUACUUCAGACAACAUUCAUUCAAGGGGUGAGGGGAUUUACGGCGUUUAAAAAGAAUGAAAUAAUAAAUGAAUUAAAUGUUUGUUAAAAGCACCCGUUUUAAACAAGUGUGUCAACUCCUUUUGUCCUUGAUUGUAGCUUAGAACGCUUCAUUCAUUUUUACGGCUGUAAAGGCGUUCUCUUUUUAAUAUUGAUAAAUCACUUAAUCAGGACGUUUUCUUGACUUUUUCACAGCCAUAAAAUGCGUCUCUUUUUAGAGCUCCUUUAGGUUCUUUUAGACAUUGAAGUGACAGAUUUCCCUAUCCUUUCAUAUACUUUAACUAGCAGAAUUCCUACCCGUUCAUGUACCGGAGACCUGAAAAGGUAUAGGAUCGUAUAGGAAGUAUUCCCCAGAAUUUGCUUUGCCGGCUUACGAGAAUACGGCAAAUUCAGAAUUUGAGGGAAAGAAUGGGAUUGAUUACGUUAUUAUAUUACGAGUCUUAAUUAGUUGUAACGAAAGAUGUGGUUAUGGUUAUGGUUUCAGGUGCUGGUUGUCCUUAGACAAAGGAUUUAUUUGGUCGUUUAUUGGACCAGUCAUAGGAAUAAUCGCGGUAAGAGACGACUUCAUACAACAUUCCUCUCAUGGACAUUAAUUCUAUCUUCCGUUACUUGACUCUAACGAUAUUUAUUUCCAAAAUUUUUAGUUUAAUGUUUUAAUACUGGGACUGAUUAUUAAAACCUUGAUGUCUUUGUCGAACGUGGCAGCAUCUGAUCCUCGAGAAAAUAUAGUGAGGUGAGAAUUGUUCAUAACUUCUGAAUUUUACGUUUGAGUCUUGGAUGCGUCGCCAUUAUUAACGUCGAAUCCCGAAAUGGUCUCAACAGCUGCAUUAGAUAAAAAUAAAAAUUGGUUAUGACCAGUGUUUAUUGACAUCAGAGGUGACAUAGCAGCGUUAUGGCGUCAUGAACAAACUCAAACAAUUAUUGUUUUCCUUUUAAAGUGAUAAUUUACAGAAACUUGAUAACAGAACUCCCAGCCCUUACUUCUCAAGGCACAGGAUCGUCCUGCAAAUAAGAAAAGUGCCGUGGCUCCAUACAAAAAUUUUGCCGUUGAUUAAAAUUAACUGGUUUCAGAUACGCAAAAUCCAUUUAGUGAACGCCUCUUCAGUUCUCACCGACAGGUUCUUUCAAGCUUUCCUGGGUGCCUUUAAUCCCUUUUUCCACAGGUUUUUGUUUGAUUUUCUUUUCAAAUAUUUUAUCUGAGUAACAAAGAUUGCUAACCUUAUAGCACCUCUUGUGAUUCAUGUUUAAGGACAAUCCAUCAAUUCCAAUUUAUUUUACCAACGUCGUUCCAAAAGUAAAUUAAACAACAGGCUUGCAAAGCAUAUUUUGGGUCCGUAUUAGCCAAUCGGAUUUCAUUCUAUUUUUCAGAUCUGGUGUUAAGGCAGCGCUGAUGUUGAUGCCUUUACUUGGGACCACAUGGGUACUUGGGCUUUUAAGCGUUAAUUCUGACACCGUCGUGUUCCAAUACUUGUUUGCUAUUGUCAAUUCCUUGCAAGUAAGUUCGGCAAGUGGUGCAUGUACCCAAAUCAUGGCUAUAUAUAAAACAAUUUACCUGACCGUCUCUAAGUUUGCAGCAAAAUUGUACUUUUGUCUAUCCGUGUCUAAUUUUGGCAGAGUUGUGUGAAUAUAUGUGGCAAGCGGAGCAUACUUAAACCCAUCAGAAAAACCAUACAUGAGACGGUUUUUCUAUUCGUCCCAGAUCGAGUUUGACCAUAUUAUAUGAGAGUCUCAAUGGGGUUGACCGUCAGCUGUCAAAAAAGUUCAUUUUUUACCGUCAACCGUCAAAAAUGCAGAUUGACACCGUCAAAAAGUUUCAAUCUUGCUUUCUUUUCCUAUUUCAGCUGAUCGUAAUGGUUUUCCAGCUCCUGAAGAAUCCAGCUCCAAACUGGAAAACCAGCUCCCAUGUACUUCUCAAAACACUCCUUCUAGACAUUACAAGACCUUAGAACCUGCUUAUAUCUAAAGUUAUUUCCAAAUUUUAUCAGUGGCAGACAGGGACAGCCUCCAGACGGAGAAUUUAUACAGAAGUAAAUAUAUAUUUACUAAUUAAAAAACUCUUGGACCAAAUUUACCCUUAAUAAACGUCAACCGUGUCAAAGCUACCACCCACCCCAUUGAUACGCUCGAAUAUAUGCCGAAAAAGUGUUUAUCCGUCUCUAUUUUUGCCGGGUAAAUUUUGCACCUAUGUAUUAAUGUUGUAUUGUUUCCAUUUCAACCUAGAUACGAUAGCUUAGAGCUUAUCACUGAAAAAAUAUACAGCAUUGAUGUUGUUCUUUUUAAUUUCGUUUUCUCUUUUUUCUGUCCAGGGCCUCUUUAUCUUUACUUGCCAUUGUAUUGGAAACUCUGAGGUAAAACGCUUCGAUGACCUAAAAUAG